CCUGUGUGGUGGAUAAUGUACAUUUUACUGUAUUAUUAUUUAUUAUUGAAAUUUAUUGACAAUGUUGUAAUUACUCUGCUUUUCAUUGUUGUUUUUCUGUUACAACAGCUGCAUAAUGAAGAUGAUUCUCCACAAACAUCUGAUGCAUCACCGCCAACUGUUCCCUCAGAGUCUCCUCAAACAUCAACUGAAACUGACAUAGCCCCUCCACCUUACAGCAGUGUCACAAUGGGAGCAACUGCAUCAGCCACAGAAACCGAUCUCCCCAGUGAUCUUAUGCCAGUGCCACCCCCUUACAGUGUUGCCACAUCCCUACCAACAUAUGAUGAAGCAGAAAAAGCUAAAGCUGCUGCAAUGGCAGCUGGAGCAGCAGAACCUGGACAGAGAUUUAGGGAGCCUAGGAAUCUGUUUGAUGAAAUUCUACAAGGUACAUCUCAGGAGGAAGACUUUCCACCAAGAGAUGACUUCAAUGAUGCUGACCAACUGAGAGUAGGCAAUGAUGGCAUCUUCAUGUUAGCAUUUUUCAUGGCAUUCCUGUUUAAUUGGAUUGGCUUUUGUUUGUCAUUCUGCCUCACUAAUACCAUAGCAGGCCGUUAUGGUGCAAUCUGUGGGUUUGGAUUGUCUCUGAUAAAAUGGAUCCUGAUUGUACGGUUUUCUGAUUAUUUCAAUGGUUAUUUCAAUGGUCAGUAUUGGCUCUGGUGGAUAUUCCUUGUUCUUGGACUACUGCUGUUUUUCAGAGGCUUUAUCAACUACCUGAAAAUCAGAAAUAUGUCUGAGAACAUGGCUGCAACACACCGGACCAGACUUUUCUUCUUGUACUAGAGUAUGUGGCUAAUGAGGAACUCGAACAUUCCUUCCUAAUGUGAAUUGUCCAGAUGUUGUGCUUCAAGCUGCCAAGUUAUUUGGAUGUAAAACUACUGAAGAAUAAAUAAUUUAAGGUGUGACAACAAAAUGUAAGCAGAAUAAUGAAUCUCAAGACACUUCAUAAAAUGGGCCGAGUUCCUGAGUUGCUAGAUGCUGGAACCUUCCCUUCAAAUUUUAAGACCAGUGAUCUUUACAAUGCAAAAAGGUUUUAAUCUACAAAUUACUGCAGAAGAAAUAUAAUGGAGCUGUUCUUUUGAACCUGGAAUCAUCGAUCAAACAUUGACAUUGAAAUAUAUUUGUGACUGAAUAUCCAAAAUGUUUCAUAAUCCCACCUAACCAGUUGAUAGAUUUGAUUUAAAGCAAACUGAUAUAUUUGUUAAACUAUUUAAAAUAAUUGAGCUUUAAAAGCAGCCUUUUUUGUCUCAUGAAAUUGGAAAUAUCUGAAGAAUAAAAAUGUAAUUUACUGGAAUUAGGAUUAGAACUGUAUUAGAUAUCUUGAUAUGCCUUUUAAAAAUUGCAGAGCAAGUAGUUGUUCCCUUAUUUGUAUGGUUUUCUGCUUUUGAAAUUGUUUUGAUUGCUUAUUCUCAGUGUCCAGUUCUACAGUGACUAUUGCAUGACAUUAAACUGGUAACAACAAUUUCUUUAUUGGCUUUACUAUUGCUUCAAAUUGCUCGUGAAAUAUAACUGGAAUUUAAUUCUAACAUUGUGGUUGUAAAUUACUUUUUACACCAAUUAUUUCUUUGUUCUUUUUAAAGUAAUCUAACAAAUCAAAUGAUGGAGUUAAAAAGGAUUGUUCAUUUGAUUCUGUGCUGAUUUUUUUUCUUUCAAAAAUUAUUUGUAAGCUACUUUAACAGAAACAAAGUAUAAGUAAUGAAGAAAAUCAAAGUCCCAUUUGAGGUCUGUGAUGUUGACUUCAGUUAUGACUUUGCAAAGAUGUAUAAAACAGUAUCCUGUACUUGUAAAAGUUUGAGGAUGAAGAAUAAAUGCUGAUUUAAUCAUUCGAUUUUUUUUUUGUUUUCACCAACUUGGUGUAGGAAAAUGAGGUGCCACUUGGUUUCUGAAUUUAAAUAAAAAUAUAUUUAAAGAC